AAUUUCGUUAAUUUGAAAACACUAAGUAACUCUUAAAGAAGGAUUUUCAAGCGAAAAAAGUAAAAUGACAUAUACACCCUUAAUUAAGUGAGAAUGAGACUGGGAAUACACAUUUGGGGGCAAAGUGCACCGAGUUGUAUAUUUCGAAGGAGGAUAGUCUCGUUUUUUGUAUUUUGAGGGGAAAAGUGCAAAACAACUUUCUUAAGGGGGCAAAGUGCAAUUUGCCCUAAAAUUUAGUUAAAUUAUAAAUACACACACUAAUAUCUAUCAUUAGGAACUUCCACACUCCCAAUUCUUUUUGUUUAGAGUUAGGGUUUGUUCUUCCAUCAGCAGAAAUGAGGAAUCGUGGAAGAAAUCCCAAAUUGAAGCUACAAUUCUUCAGAAAUCUACAGCCGGAGAUCAUCAUCGACAUCGUAUCACGGCUUCCAAUUCGAUCAAUCGGAGCCUGCAAAUGCGUCUGCAAGUCAUGGCGGAAUCUGCUACACACCCGCGAAUUCACCGAUUUCCAUCUCUCCAAAUCCGUCCCGGCACUGUUCAUCGGCUACGAUUCGGACUUCAAAAAUUACAAAAUUUUUGAAUUCGAUGAUGAACUCGGUCUCGAAAGCCACCAUCUUCACUACAAUCAAAUCAUCAAAUUCGAUUCCACGGGAUUCGAGCGGUCGGAGCUCAAGGGUUCAUCCAAUGGUUUGUUUUUAUUCCUAAAAAGAAAAAAUAACACUGAACUUCAUUUUGACUCUCUUUUCGUAUGCAAUCCAAUCACCCGUGAGUAUAUUGCGCUUCCACAAGAUGGCAUUUUCUACUGUUACUUUUCUGCAAGCGUAGCUUAUGGAUUUGGGGUGAGCAAAAUGAGUGCCCAGUAUAAGGUGGUUAAGAUUUUCCAUAGUUAUGUAUGCGAACAUAAGUAUCAUCAAACAGAUGAAAUUUUGGGAAGUAGCAGGUAUUUUUGUAUGGUUUACACUCUUGGAACUCGAACAUGGAGAAGCGUCGCCGUCGAUGCCCGUGUUCUGUACGAUACCCAGUCGAAUGGGGUCUCUCUUAAUGGGAAUCUUCACUGGCUCGUCGAAGAUGCUCUGGUCGACUCCGAUUGCAUUUCUUGCUUUGAUCUUGAGACGGAAACUUUCAGCAUUUUUGCUCCUCCUCCUCUUACCGUAAGCCCUAAAGUUCUCGUGAGCCUAGUGGUUUUGAAGGAUUGCCUGUGCAUAUGCGAUAGUACACCUGCGGAUGAAAUAGUUAUCUGGUCGAUGAAGGACUAUGGAGACGAGAAAUCCUGGAUACAGGAAUUUGUUCUAACGAAAAUCCCCGACUUUUUUGUUGACCAUGAUGAAUAUUGGACUAUUUAUCCUAUAAAAGUUUUCAACGAUGGUGACAUUUUGAUGGCGUGGCAUGACUUGCGCACGUACUACUACUCCAACAAGACUAAAGUUAUUACGGAAUUUGAUUUGUUUGAAGUUGAACGGGAUGACUUAGAAUUUUGGGAGUGGGAAGACGGUAUGUCGGCAAUGCUUUAUACCCCGAGUUUUCUUUCACUUACAAGAUUCCCGGAGGAGAGUUUAAGCACAUUUUGAUGCUGUUGUGUGUCAGCGUUUUCAGUCUAUAACAACUCUGGUAUGUCAAUGUAACUUACGGUUCCGCCUCG